AUGCCUCCACACCACUCUCCGGACGCGACUCCUGUGCAGCGAGCGCGCUUGGCCGCGAGUAAUGCUAUGGGCCCGAGUCACAAUGCGAUUGUUUUGUCUGGGUCAGAGCUUUCACGCCGGAACACCGUGGAUGAAGCUACCGAAGAGCCUGGAACGUCAUACUCACUCUGGCGCGACGCGGAUAGGGGCGCUACGGAAUCACCGUAUAUAGCGCAGGAGAGAAGGAUCAUGCGCACAAUUGUCGACGUGCGCGAAGCUCGUCGUCGCAUGGAGGAUAACCUCGCUUCUAAUGCGCCCCCGGCGGACCCUAUCCGGCGAACUGGCUCUGCAGUAACACCUUCACAAAGUCGACGGGCAAUGCUCGAGGCGAACAUUCGCGCACGGCGGGACGAUAAUACUUCCACCGAAUCGUCAACAAGCAUAGGAAGGCUCGUUGCGGCCCGCACGGGGGGCGUCUCACGGUCAAUAUCGUCUGCUGUAUCCAACCGUUUUACCACCCUGACGGCCGAUGCUGCACGGCGUGCUCUCGAACUCGCCAAUGACUCAGAGAGGGACAGCAGCAUCAGAACUAUUGCCGAGCACAAUGCGAGGCUGAGUCGGCUCGUGCAAGAUGCGCGUUCAACCAGGUCAGUGGCGUCAACAUCGACCACCGAAACAGAUAGCGGCACCGAGCGGGAGACAGAUACUCACAGCUCGGCUUCGCAAACCAACUCAGGCUGGAGGGCGGUCCCCAGCCAACCUCAGUCGUUUGGAGAACAACGAUGGCGGCGGCGCAGCAGGAGGCCAGCGGAAGGCUCGACCACCCUCAUUGUCUCAUCACAGAUAUCUCCAUCGGAAGCCAACGCCAGUGACGCAUCAACUGGCGAGACGAGCUACCGCAUGCGUCAGCACUUGAACGUAGACAGCGAGGAGUUCGUUCAUAAUGUCACACCGAGCGAAUCCGAUCGCGACGACCCGUACAACUGGUUGAUGUCGCGGGAGGAACUUUUCACGGACGCGCGGCGAGGGGGUAGGCUACGUCUUCCUCCUCGAGAUCGCUAUAGCUCCACGACACAUGACAUUUGGACUCCUCCCGAAAUCAUCCGGAGACGCGAGCGGGACCCGCAAAGUUCUACUAGCCAGGGUAGUACUCGUGCUCAAGGAACCUCGACUAUUGCAUCUUCGUCACGAUCGCGAAGGCGUGGAUGGGCACGUCUAGACCAAGAUGGCAACGAGAUCCCGACAGACGAGGAAGACGAGUACGAGCGGAACCGUGCACUAAUGCGCGCUCGCGCUCUCCAGCUGGCAGGCCGGCAGGCCCCCGUCCGUCUAGAGCGGGCCCCUCCGCCUAUCCCGCCUCCUCCGCUGCCAGAACACCGGCUAUCAUUUAUUCCGACGACCCAGUCGAUGCUUCGAUCGCCACCAGGCGAGUCCAAUGCCCGUGUGCGCAUCAAUUCCAUGCCGUGGGCGGCUAUACCGUCUGCACAUUCUGACGUGAAUACGCCAUUCGUGCCGCAGGAGGAGGUUGAUGAGGACGAACCUCCUCCAGUCAUUGGCUCGAGCAGGCCAUUCGUUCCUAGUCUCCUUCCACUGCCCUCUGUGGACAUGUCCUCUAAGAGGCUCUCGCAACAACAUGUCAAGUCGCGCAUGUCGAUUCAGCCCAUUCAGGUGCAGGAAGGGUUUGCGGGGCGUUAG